AUGCCGGUCCGCAAUCACUCAAGGCCCGCCCUCACUCCCGUCGUUCACUUCCCGUCGUUCACUCCCGUCGUUCUCUCUCCUCCCGUCAAACUCUUUCUCCCAUCGCGCUCUCACUCCCAUCGCUCUCUCACUCCCGCAACGCUCUCACUCCCGCAACGCUCUCACUCCCGUCGCUCUCUCACUCCCGUCACGCUCUCACUCCGUCUCUCACUUCCGUCACGCUUUUACUACCGUCGCUCUCUCACUCCCGUCGCUCUCUCGCUUCCGUCGCGCUCUCACUACCAUCGCUCUCAUCACUCCCGCAACGCUCUCACUCCGUCGCUCUCUCACUCCCGUCGCUCUCUCACUCCCGUCGCUCUCUCACUUCCCGUCGCUCUCUCACUCCCGUCGCUCUCUCACUUCCGUCGCGCUCUCACUCCCGUCGCUCUCUCACUUCUGUCGCGCUCAUCACUUCCGUCGCUCUCUCGGUAA